UCAAAUUUUCCCUGAUUCCUACGUUAUAUAAUAUACGUACAUUUUCACAAAACCAGAUAUUCAAAAUCUUGUUGUUUUUUCAUACCCUUUUUUCCGAUUCCCAAAUUCCAACAUCCAAACAAUCCCCAUAACCCAUAAUCCAAAAGGAAAAAGGACAAAUUGCAAAAAGUAAAAUAAGAUUUCAUACUUUCCCCCCCUAAUCUUCAAUGUAAUUACACUUUCCCCCCCUUUCUUCUUCACUUCAAAUCAGAAAACUACACAGAAAAAAGAAAACACUAGAAACACGAAAAAUGCGUUUCCUCCUACUUCUGUUUCUCGUUCUCCACCUCCACAUCGGCGGCUCCGCCGCCGCAACGCCGCCGCACAUGCCGGAAUACCGAGCAUUGCUGUCCAUAAAAGCCGCCAUCACCGACGACCCUCAGUCGGCGCUCGCGUCGUGGAACGCCACCACACACCACUGCACGUGGCGGGGGGUCACCUGCGACGCGUCCGGGCGGCGCGUGGCAUCACUCGACAUCUCGAAUCUCAGCCUCGCCGGCGUCCUCUCCCCCGACGUCGGCCGCCUCAGGUUCCUCGUCAACUUCUCCGCCGCCGCCAACUUUCUCUCCGGCCCUAUUCCGCCGCAAAUCUCCGACAUCCCCAACCUCCGUCACCUCAAUCUCUCCAACAAUGUAUUCAACCUCAGUUUUCCGGCGGAGCUCUACCACCUGAAAAACCUCGAAGUUCUCGACGUGUACAACAACAACAUGACCGGAGAUUUCCCUUCGCAGGCGUAUCUCCUCACCAAUCUCCGCCAUUUGCACCUCGGCGGAAACUUCUUCACCGGCGUAUUCCCCCCGGAGUUCGGCUCGUUCCCUCACCUCGAGUACCUCGCCGUCUCCGGCAACGAGCUCACCGGCGCUAUUCCGCCCCAAAUCGGAAACCUAACUCACCUCAAGGAGCUCUACAUCGGCUACUUCAACACAUUCACCGGCGGAAUACCCAAGGAAAUCGGCAAUUUAUCAAACCUAAUCCGCUUCGACGCCGCCAAUUGCGGCCUCUCCGGCCAAAUUCCGGCAGAAAUCGGCAAUCUACAGAACCUCGACACGCUUUUCCUCCAAGUGAACGGCAUCUCCGGCGGUUUACCGCCGGAGCUAGGAAACCUGAAAAGCUUAAAAUCAAUGGAUCUGUCAAACAACAUCCUCUCCGGCGAAAUUCCGCCGUCAUUUUCACAGCUUCAGAACAUCACUCUCUUAAAUCUCUUCCGGAACAAAUUCACCGGCUCGAUACCUGAUUUCAUCGGAGAUCUGCCGGAAUUGCAGGUGCUCCAGCUCUGGGAAAACAAUUUCACCGGAAUCAUCCCCCAAAAUUUAGGCGACAACGGAAACCUAGAAGAAGUCGAUUUAAGCUCCAACAAAUUAACCGGAAAUUUACCCCCAAAUCUCUGUAACGGUAAUCAGCUCAACACAUUAAUCACACUCGGAAACUUUUUAUUCGGCCCGAUACCAGAUUCACUGGGCCGGUGCGGGUCACUGGGUCGGAUCCGGAUGGGCGAAAACUAUCUAAACGGGUCAAUCCCAAAAGGCCUCCUGAGUUUGCCGAAGCUAACACAGGUGGAGCUUCAAGACAAUCUUCUCUCCGGCGAGUUUCCCAACACCGAUGGAAUAUUGUCAACCACCCUGGGGCAAAUUAGUCUUUCCAACAACCACCUCGCCGGCCGAUUGCCGCCGAGCAUCGGCAAUUUCGCCGCCGUGCAGAAGCUCCUCCUCGACGGAAACAAAUUCUCCGGAGAGAUUCCGGCGGAAAUCGGGAAGCUGCAGCAGCUCUCGAAGAUUGAUUUCAGCCGGAACGAUUUCUCCGGCCAGAUUUCGCCGGAGAUAAGCCGAUGCAAGCUUUUGACCUUCGUCGAUCUCAGCCAUAAUCGUCUCUCGGGCCCCAUUCCGACCGAGAUCACAAGUAUGAAAAUAUUGAAUUACUUGAAUUUAUCGAGGAACAAUUUAAUGGGGAAUAUCCCCUCUUCGAUUUCGGGCAUGCAAAGUUUAACAUCCGUCGAUUUCUCUUACAACAACUUCUCCGGUUUGGUACCGGCGACCGGCCAAUUCAGUUACUUUAACCGGACCUCGUUUCUGGGCAAUCCGGAUCUCUGCGGGCCCUACUUAGGCCCAUGCAGAGACGGUAUUGCCCGAACCAGUGGGGCCCACGAGAAGGGGAGUGCUAGUUUCUCCCCUUCGAUGAAGCUUCUCCUCGUUACGGGGUUGCUAGUUUGUUCGAUUGUAUUUGCUAUCGCCGCGGUAUUCAAAGCCCGAUCGUUGAAGAAGGGUAGUGGGUCCCGCUCUUGGAAGCUAACCGCUUUCCAAAGAUUGGAUUUCACGUGCGACGACAUUCUAGAUUGCCUCAAAGACGAUAACAUAAUCGGUAAAGGUGGCGCGGGGGUCGUCUACAAGGCGGCGACUUCCGGCGGCGGCGGUGAUGUGGCGGUGAAGCGGCUUCCGCCGGCGGUGGGCGGCCGUGGCGGCGGCGGAGGCGGGGCCCACGACCAUGGGUUCAACGCCGAGAUACAAACCCUUGGGAAAAUCAGGCAUAGAUACAUUGUUCGGUUGUUGGGGUUUUGUUCGAACGGCGAAACGAAUCUCUUGGUUUACGAGUAUAUGCCGAACGGUAGUUUGGGGGAGGUGCUUCACGGGAAGAAGGGGGGGCAUUUGGUUUGGGAGACUAGGUAUAAGAUUGCCGUGGAGGCGGCAAAGGGGUUGUGCUAUCUCCACCACGAUUGCUCGCCUUUGAUCGUGCACCGUGACGUGAAGUCGAAUAAUAUUCUACUCGAUUCGAAUUUCGAAGCCCACGUGGCGGAUUUUGGUUUGGCAAAGUUCUUGCAAGAUUCCGGUACAUCGGAGUGUAUGUCGGCAAUUGCCGGUUCUUAUGGAUAUAUUGCUCCAGAAUACGCCUACACGCUCAAAGUGGACGAAAAGAGCGACGUAUACAGCUUCGGUGUGGUUCUAUUAGAACUCGUGACGGGUCGAAAGCCCGUUGGAGAGUUUGGUGACGGUGUGGACAUAGUCCAAUGGGUGAGAAAAAUGACCGAAGGGAAUAAACAAGGGGCGGUCAAGGUUCUUGAUCCAAGGCUCGAACGGGUCCCGCUCCACGAGGUGACUCAUGUCUUUUACGUAGCGAUGCUUUGCGUGGAGGAGCAGGCGGUGGAGCGGCCCACCAUGCGCGAGGUGGUCCAAAUGCUGACCGAGCUGCCCGGAGAUUCCGGUUCGGAGGUAAAAUUAGGUCAUCAAGAACAAGAGAUGCCUAUCUCAUCACCUCCUCCACAAGAUCUUCUUAGUAUUUGAGAUUAGCUCUUUAAUCUUUUUAAUUAAGACAAUUUAGAGGGUCUAGUUUUGUUGGCAUUGUGUGUUUUUUUAAUUUCUUUUUUGGUGCUAUUUUUAUUUUAGUGGUGUGUAUUUUUUUUAAGCUUAACUUCAAUUUAAUGAUGGUAUUGCUUCCAAAGUUUGUGUAUAAGUUAUUUGGUUCUUGUUAGGCUUUGUUUGGUUGAGCAUAUUUUGUAAUGAUUAAUUAAAUAAUUAACGUUUAACUAUUUGAAUAGUUUAA